AUGGCUCUGGCGGUUCUCCUCAUCCUGGCUGUGCUGGCCACCCAGGUUGGGCACAAGUGCAGCGAGCAGACGAAUGUUGCGAUGGAUGACCGUAUGCAGCAGCGCAAGGAAUACCUGAACCGGGAGAUGACUCAGCUGCUUCAGGAGAUAGAGGAGAGCAGCGGCGCGCAGGAAGACACACUGCUUUCUGUGCUGUACUUGAUGCUCAUAUGGACCAUGUUGGGAGCUUUGUUGUGCUGUCAGGCUUGGGGAAUCGUGUGCGCCUUUCCUGGCUGCUAUGAGGAGGAGGACGAUGAUGAGCAGGAGGAGGGCAACGAUGAGCAGGAGGAGGGCAACGAUGAGCAGGAGGAGGGCAACGACAAGCAGAAGGAGGGCAACCUCAACAAUGUCAGAUAUUUGGUUGAGUCCACCCCAUUGCUAGUGCGGCAGGGCCUGCCUCCUGACACGUGCAAGGUGCUGAGGGAACUGGUGGAGGACCUCCUGAGUGUCUGUCGAAUGAUCUGCAAGACAACAUUCAUGCUGCAGAUGCACGUGGCCGUUGGGGAGGACGGCAUCCGUGAUGCUUGGAGUGUCCAUGAGAACACCAUCCUCUACCGCCUGCUCGUGUUCCUGCAGCCACCCCGCGGGUACUCUUUCAGCCUGGAGGAGGACACCACGGGGCAGCUGUCAGCAGUGAUCUUCCGGGCCCACGUGGUGACGGAGUGCAUGUGCCAGAGGGAGCAGCUGAUGCUGGGGGAUACGUGCUUUCUCCAUGGCGCCGACAACGAACUGCCGAGGGAUCAGAGCUCAGAUCUCCUGCACAGGCUCUGCACGGACACCUACUUAGACAUGGAGAAAGUCAUCUGCUGGGCCCAGCUGUUGGUGAGAUCAGCCUGGCUGUGUAUGCCUCAGGCACAGCAGUGCCAGCUGACUCUGCGGCCCUCCUCCCGGAACUGCACCUUCCAGCUGACAGGCACCUCCACCUCCAAGAUGACCAUCAUGACAGAGUUGACUUUUGCAGUGAAGCCAGGCAGCCCAGGCAUCUACCUAAGCUCUGCGUAG